AUAAUCCAUCCUCGUUUCCUUCUAGGACACACAGUCCUACAACCUCCAGCGGGGGAGUGUGAGAGACGAGACAGGGCGCACUCAGACCUCACCUGACUUCAGUAAAACGGACUGUAGUCUGACAGUAAAACAGACACGGAGAGGUUUUUGAUGGGCGACAGUGAAGCGGACCAAACAGCGGGAUUCUGCAGCGGAGAACAUGCACUGCGCUUUCCAUAUGCUGUCAGUCUGGAGGCUCGCGCUGCCCGCUCCUCACCGCAGGGCUUAGGCCGCCUUCGCUUUCAACUGCUCGGUCAUUUUGAGGGUUAGGGGGAAAAAUGAACGUGUCAGCCCGUUAUCUCUUGCUGCUGGCCGUGCUUGUUGUGGGGGCGUGGGAGAGCGGCGGAGAGCGGCGCGCGCUCCCGUCCUCAGCGACCACCCAGCUGAACUCCACAGUUUCCGUACAGGAGGAACACACGACACACAACGACACAGACUCCGAGGUGGGCUCGCGCAUUUCUACCAUCUUGAGGGACCUUCCAACCAUCAAAAACGUUGUUAUUUUCAUCUGUGUUUUGACGGUGCUGCUCAUCACGUGCCUCGUCGUUAAAGUGUACAGGUCUGGAAAGAAGAUCAGAAAAACGAGAAAGUAUGACAUCAUUACCACUCCUGCCGAGCGUGUGGAGAUGGCGCCGUUAAACGAAGAGAACGACGAGGACGACGACUCGACUCUUUUCGAUGUCAAGUACAGGUGAAUUCACAGCAGUGAACACUGGCAUCGUUGGUGUAGUUUCUUUGUCAACUCCACUCGCUAUUGAGGACAUUUCAUCUGCAAGUGAUUCCCGCCUUCCUUCUUGUUCCAUUUUUGACAUGUUGUGGACUUUUUGUGUCUUACUAGCUUGAGUGAGCCAUGUGUGAUUUUCCAUUUUGGCAGUUUGAGUGGUUUUAGUUUGACUGAAGUUGACAGCAGAUUCUAAGAUUUGUUCCUGACUGGUCUCAGACUUUUGCCAGAGGCAGAAUCUUUGGUCCUCUGACGCUCAUCAAAGGAGUCCACGCAAGUGAAAAAUCACAAUUUCUCAAUGUAUUUCUCUGUUCUCCCAGGAUCUCCCAAACCUUCUGACUUUACCAUUCCUGAAAGUUACAUUAAUUGGAUCCUUUCCACCUUCAGGAUACCACGUGAUGAAAUCAAGAGUUGUAUACGAUGUCUGUGUGGGUGAGCUUGUGUAGACUGAAGCCACCCCUUACUGAUUAUCCGUCCCUUGAAUGUCCCAAUUAUUGCACUCUGUUUUUAUGGCCACAGUCUCUGAAAGCCUCACAGAAAAAUCAAACCUUUGAUGUGGAAUGUUCCCUUGUAGUUUUGAAUGUGGUCCAAUAUUCCUGCAAGACGCAGCUUCGAAUUCCUACUUUGACCUCUUUUGUGUUAAGUCCCUUGGGACUGGAUCGCAAACAACUUCAAAUACUUUAAUGCAUGUAUUCAGCUAAACAUCAGCUAAACCUCAAUAUCGCAAGUAUAUCAGAAGGUUUAUCCCAAUAUAAGUAAUAUAAGUAAGUGAUGACUUGAAUGACCAAAUUAUUUCCAAAUAUUUUACUUAUGAGAAUAGAUUAUAUAAGACUGAGAUAUAUAGAGGCCGACAAAGCUUUCACAGGCAUAUUUGAUUAUAGUUUGUUAAAACAGAUAUGUUUAUUUUCUAAGAGUGACUUUUUGGAAAGAUAUAUCAUUGUCUGUAUAUAGUGUAUGAAAGUCAUUGCUCAGAAAUGGUUUAUUUUUAGCAACACUUGAUAAAAGCAUUAUUGAUUUAAUAACUAUAAUAUAUUAACCUUCCAGCAUUGUAGAUUUAUCUAACCAUUAACUGUGCGUUUUUACUGUAUGAAAACUGUUGCAUUCGUAACCUGAGGUUGCUAAUCUCCUUUAGCAUUACAUUUGUGUGAAAGUAUGUUGGGGGGGUUCCCUUUGUUGCUGCUAUGCGUGUUUGGAAAGAAAUUAUUUGCGAGAUAUGGCAUACUAACAUAGUACAGACACUGAAUUUACAGUACCCUUACUUUUGGCUUUAUAAAACAUGAUAUUUGUAUCAAUCAUAUUUGAUCUUAAAUCAGAACUGCCCCACUCAAACAUUGAGGGUGCCGGUAAGUUCAGUUUGGCUUGAAAAACGUCAGUGAUUAAAUGAUUUUCAGGUAUCUCUGUAUCUGUUUGUUGCAGAUUUAAGAAGAUAAAUGCUACUGCAGUACAUUAAAGUAUAUUUACUUUAUUCAGCUAACUGGUGCAUAGUCAUGACAUGCUGCUCCUGUGCCCACAGUGAAUAAGAAUGACUUGCAUGAGAGCGUCAGCACAUUGUUAAUGAUUUAUGCUGUCACAAUCCAAUGAAUCCAUUUCUGUGCCUGAGGAGACGCUAAUAAAAAAGCAAAUCAGUGUUCUGCUAUUAUUAAACUAACACAGGCCUGAAAAUGUUUAUUAAAUGAAAACUCUUUUCGAUAGAUUUGUGUUUUUUGUUUAUAAAAAUAGACAGACUAUGGGAGAAAUGUCUUUUUCUUUUUCCCCACUAUUUGCUCACUGGUAUUUGUGCUAUUCAGUAGUAUUCAAUAGUGUUGUGUAAUCCUGAGUAAAGGAAGUGGGCACAGGAAACUUUCUCCUGGAACAAGUGUUUGACCUGCAGGCACGUACGCUUCACACUAUUAGCGAGAAGUGUUGUUUCUGCCUGUGGACAUAGUGGGCUGAUUUUCCAGACAGAUUUUCAGGGCAGAAUUCCUACUCAUGAUGUGACUUAAUGUGUGUCCAGAAAACCAGCCCUUUCUUCUAUUGUGACUGCAGUAAUCAAUUAUCUUUACAGCAUCUCUUCUAUCUGGUGCAUUUUGAAAGUUUUCUCAUCAGCAUUUUGUUUCUAUGUCUGUCAUGGCCUUGCUUAUUGUAAACAUGAAGGAAAGUACAACUGUGCAGGACAUUUGUACUGUGUACUGUGUCUUUGUCAUGUGAACCAAGGACUUUUCCUUAUCCUCAAAAAUCAUAAUAAAUAUGUUAGCUGACUGAAAGAUUUA